AUUUCAAGGCUAAACCUGCUUAUCUACAAAUUACAUCAGAUUAGUUUUUCUUUUGCUUCUUUUCUGUCGUUUUGUUUCUGCUGUCAUCCAACAGUCUUUUUCUCUUUUUUGUCUUCUUUAAGGACAGGUGUAUGCUCUGGAUUGAAAGGCUUGUAAUAUAUAAUGCACAUCCUAGGUUGUAUUUGGGACAGGGUGCCAUAUUAGCACUGCCGUCACUUGGCUUGAAUGAAAAGAAAAGGUUUGAGGAGGUGUUCUUCCCAACCAUAAAAACACAACAAAGCUUUUAUCUUUACUGUUUUAUUGAAUCAGGAAGGCAAUUUUCCACAUGGUAUCAGAGCUGCCAGGUUAAAAUUCCUGGAAUUUUUUUUCGUUUUCCAUUUUUUCUUUAAAGUUUUCAUCUUUACUCUGAUAUGGCUGGAGACGAUGCUUCAGAAUCUCAUAAUGCGUACCAAGAUCCACUCUUUGUGGCAAAUUCUGAUAAUCAUUCAAUCCCAUUAACUCCUAUGUUGUUUAACGGGAGUAACUUCAUGAUAUGGAGUAGAUACGUCAAGUUGGUGUUGGGUGCAAAGAACAAAAACGGGUUUAUUGAAGGAAAGGUCAGUAAGCCGAAUCCAGGACAUAAGGAUUACAAUAGAUGGGAAAGAGCAGAUUAUAUGGUGAGGUGUUGGAUUUUUAGGUCCAUGACAGAUGACGUUGCUGGAGGGCUCAGUCUUGUUCAAACUGUAAAGGAGUUGUGGGAUGAGUUGAUUGAGAGGUAUUCUGAAAGCAACAUACCACUGCUUUUUCAAUUAAAAAAGGAGUUGGGAAAGCUUGAACAAGGGGAACAGAUGAGUGUGGGAGAGUAUUAUUGCAAGCUCAAGAAACUUUGGGAUGAGAUUUAUAACAUAGAACCCAUACCUGGUGUACUUGCGGUAUGCUAGGAAAAUGUACAUGCAGUAUGUACAAGAAACUGUUGCAGAUUGUAGAAAGGGAUAGAGUGAUGAGUUUUCUUAUGGGUUUGAAGAAAGAUUACCAGAAUGCCAGGGAGAAUAUUCUUGGUACAGAACCUCUUCCUACUGUUAACAAAGCAUUCCAUCUGGUGUUGCAAGCAGAAAAACAAAAGGAGAUUACAGGAGAUUCAAGGGAAUGUGGAGAUGAGUGCAUUUCAAGCCUCAAGGCAGUUUCAAGGUGGGAAGCAGAAUUUUGGAAAUUUUCAGAAGAAAGAUUUUAGAGAGAUGAAGAGAAUCAAGCAAGAACUUAAGUGUGAUCAUUGUGACAUGAAGGGACACACGAAGGAUGGAUGUUUCAAGUUGAUUGGGUACCCAGAUUGGUUCAAAGGGCCAAAAGGAAAGACUGUGAACAAGCUAGCAGCUAAUGUAGGCAGAAUUGAACAAGGUGCUCAACAGGACACUCCUUUCGAUCACGAUGGAGAAGGUGGCAGAACUGGGAAUGUCAAACCAGAUACCAAUCUAAUUUCAGCAGUUGUGCAAGAGGUCAUGAAAGCUUUCCAGGACAAGCAAGGAGGUGCAAGUACAUCUGGAAAAACAAAUGGAAUGAGCAAUUUUGCAGGACCCUACUGAUCACAGUGUUGUGGCUUUUGGAAGAAGUGCAAACGGACUUUACAAGUUUAGUUGUAGUGAAGUUGAUCCCCAAAAUGGAUGUUUUGUGGGAAAUAAUGGUGUAAUGAGAGCCAAUAUGGUAGGAAAUGAAGUGUUUUGUAAUAAGUCUGUAACUUUAGAUGUGAUGCAUGCUAGGUUAGGGCAUGGAUCAUUAUCUAAGUUGAAACAUUUGAGUUUUUGCGAUUGCAAGAAUGUGAAAAGUUUUUAUUGUGACACUUGUUCUAUU